AUGCUGCAACAUCAUCCCGACCUGGAGGUGCUGGUGUUAACCAGCUCCAGUAGUGGAAGCUACGUGCUCUUUGCUCUACCAUUACUGGGAGACAAACCUCAAUGGGAUCCGAAGAAAUUGUUAGAGACAGAGGACCCGGAGCUGGUUUUCAUCCCUCACGGAUUCCACGCCCCCAACUUCUCGACUGCAACGGACGGAUUGACGAUUUCCAUCGGAUAUCCUCUAAAAGAUGAUGCUGACAUGAAACUUGACGGCGCGUGGCCGCUUUUCGUCGAGUGGCCCGCUAGGAUGUUGCUGUCGAGCCAAGUGACGCAGACUCCGCCGUCAAGUAAGGCACAAUCUUCCGUCGAAUUAAUCGCGUCCUGCAAAAAGAUGUUUCUCCAACAGUGGAGGAGGCGCAAAGAAUUUAUUGCAGAACUGCGUCGCCACGUGAUAGUAGUUUUAGAGUACGACGCCGUGGACUUUUCGCAGGUGUUUUUCAUGCUUCAGGAGCAGUUGGACGCGCAGUCCCCACUGCGUAUCAUCGUGUUGCGGCUGCAGUUCACGGCCGCGUUCUUCUUGACGAACUGCACGAGCGACUUGCAGGUGGCGAUGCUCGACGGAGAAGGAGCUGCUGGCUCUGUUGCCGUGGCGCUCGGUGACUCGAGCACUCCUGCCAGUCCAGACAGCCAAGCGGACGUUGCUCAGUUCCUCCAUGCCACUCGGAAGAGCUUGCUCCGCCACUUUUACGGAGAAUGA